UAACGUGAUUACCUCACUUCCUUCCCGCGACAGAGAGAGCGGGGAAAUUUGACGGCCCUUCUUUGGCAGAGUGAUCAAAUUACUUUGACUUGUUUGUUAUUAGAAAAGGAGUAAUUGCUUUGGUUUGUUUCCCCCUGUGAAAUUUUUGGUUAUUGUUGAUCUAACCUGCCGUCUGACUGACAAUGAGGACUUUAGAGGAGGUGCGGGCCACUCUGCAGAUCGCCAAGCUCAAAGAGGAGGACUUACAGAAAACUAUCCACUGUCUGUCCUUUGGGCCAAACGUUUCAUCUGCGGACUACUGCCUGAUGGAGCUCGACGACACACUCUGCAAACACAUCGAGGCUGGUCAAAGCCUAGUGAUUCGGGGCGAUAAAGACGAACAUGCAGUGGUUUGUAGCGACGACAAGACCUACAGUCUAAAAAUAGCUGACACAUCCAACAUGCUGCUGUUUCUUCCUGGAUGCAGAACACCAGACCAGCUGACCGACACCGAGGACAGCUCUCAUGUUGUUCACGCUCAGAUAUGGGGGUUUUGUAACAGCUACUGGGAACUGAGGAAACAGCGACCAAGACUGAAGAAGCUGAAGAGACUUUUAAUGGAAAAUCCUUACGAAGGACCUGCGUUAGGAGGGCAGCAGGAGAAUACAGAGAACAGGUACACAAUGCAGGAUCUGCUGGAGAGAAUUCAGGCCAGUGAAGAGGAGAUAAGGACACACUUAGAGACCAUCCACGCCUGUCAGAUAGAUGGCUACUGGCGCGUUCUGGACUUUGACUAUGAGAUGAAGCUGCUUGGUCAUGUGACUCAGCUGGUGGAUUCUGAGUCUUGGGCCUUCAACAGGGUUCCCCUUCAAACCAGUUUAGAUGAGCUAGCCCCACUAGAGCCCAGAGAGAUGAUCGAGCACUGUUUGAACUGCUAUGGGAAACGCUAUACUGAAAACGAUGAAGUGUUUUAUGCACUAAAUGAGGACAAAGUAUGUUGGGGUUUAGCACUGAUGCUGCUGCACAAUGCUGUCAAGUUCAACCUGAAGGAGUUUCAGGAGGUCUGGCAGCAGAGCGUCCCAGAGGGCAUGAGUACAAGACUGGACCAGCUAAAGGGCAUUGCCCUGUUGGACCGCACCUCCCGCCCAGAGACCAUCUGCCUGCUGCGUGUGGAAGACCUCCCAGAGGACACGGUGGAACGCUUUAACCACCUUUUUACACUUCGAGAGAAAUGGACAGAGGAGGAUAUAACACCAUACAUACAAGACCUGUGUGGAGAGAAACAGACCACCGGAGCCCUCCUGACCAAAUACGCUCGGUCUUCAAUGCAAAAUGGGAUCAAGGUUUUCAACUCCAGAAGGCCCGUGGCUACGUGAACACAUCUACUGUAAUGCUGUUUUUACUAUUUGAAGAUGUAUCCAUGUGAAUCUGGUCAUUUCACCCUGUCACUUUUUUGAUGCUCUGUGAAAAUCUAUUUAAAUUUACUAAAAAUUCCUUUUAGCACGUUUUCAGCUGCUUCUUUUUAUUUCAUGUGUAAAAUCAUUGAAUAAUAAAGUUAUCAGAAAAACAA